UACUUUGGGACACGCAUAGCCGAUUGACAUUUUUGACAGAAUUUGAAUAAUUUUUAUUUUGUUUUUGAUGAAGUAACUAAACUAUAAAGUUCUAAAUCGAAAGAAAAUUUUAAAAUAAAAAUUAAUUUACUUUAAUACGAUUUGUAAUGAAUCGUCACAUUCAGCUGGGCAUAAAAGAGCUCGGUGCUUGCUACCGGAAUGGAACCCUGAAUCCACAAAUCGUGGCCGAUUUCGCUCUUGACGAUGCUGUUAAGCUGAAAUCAUUGAAUGCAUUUAUUCGUCUCAUGCCGGAGAAAGCAUUGCAUCAAGCUAAAGAAUCAACAUUUCGCUUCCAAGAAAACAAAUCGAAGUCACCUCUCGAUGGAGUUACAAUUGCUAUCAAGGAUAACUUCUGUACAAAAGAUGUUCCCACAACUUGUGCCUCAAGAAUGCUUGAGAACUUUAAACCACCAUACAAUGCAACAGUUUGCGAACGGCUCAUGGAUGCCGGUGCUAUUAUCAUUGGUAAAACAAAUCUCGAUCAAUUUGCCAUGGGCUCAGGGACGGUAGAUUCUUUAUUUGGGCCCACUAAGAAUAUAUGGAGUGAGAAUUUGAUGUCUGACGAUGGCUGGCGGAUUACUGGUGGUAGUUCAGGAGGUUCCGCAACUGCUGUAGCUUCUGGAAUUUGCUUUGCUGCUAUCGGCUCUGACACUGGAGGGUCUACUAGGAAUCCAGCAUCGUAUUGCGGCGUAGUGGGAUUGAAACCAACAUACGGAUUAGUCUCACGGCAUGGAUUGAUUCCCCUGGUAAAUUCAAUGGAUGUGCCGGGUAUUUUUACACGUUCUGUUAACGAUUGUGCAUUGGUUCUCAAUGCAAUAGCUGGGCCGGACAAACAUGACUCCACAACACUAAAAACUCCUUUCAAAUAUUUUGACUUACAACCAGAAGAAAAUAUUGAUAAUAUUCGAAUUGGGAUUCCUAAAGAAUAUCACUGCCCAGGUUUGUCAGAGGAUGUGCUAGAGACAUGGACCAAAAUAGCCGAUAUGAUGGAAGAUGGCGGUGCAAAAGUCACGCAGGUAUCUCUGCCAAAUACAUCGUCUUCAAUAUUUGUCUAUUCAAUUCUGAAUCAGUGCGAGGUUAGUAGCAAUAUGGCGCGAUAUGAUGGCAUCGAGUUCGGUCUGCGGGCAGAUGACGAGAGCAGCACAGAACAACUCUAUGCCAAGACAAGAGCUGAAGGGUUCAAUACUGUAGUCAAAACAAGAAUCCUUGCUGGCAAUUUCUUUCUUCUUCGGAAAAACUACGAGAAAUAUUUCGAGAAAGCUUUGAGGGUACGUCGUCUCAUUGCUAAUGACUUUGACCAGGUUUUCCAAUCAACGGAUGUCCUCUUGACACCAACAACACUUAGUGAAGCUCCUCUUUUCAAGGAUUUUUCAUCCCAGUCUAAUCGCGAUCAAUGUGCAAUUCAAGAUUUUUGCACACAGCCCGCCAAUAUGGCAGGUAUUCCAGCGAUUUCUAUUCCUAUUCGACUAUCAAAUAAUGGACUACCAAUUAGUUUGCAAUUAAUGAGCAGAAAGCUGUCAGAAUCGACGCUUCUUAAAGUUGCUGCUUGGAUAGAAGCUCGAGUGGAUUUCAAUUGCUUGGGAAGCAAACAAAUCUACGAAGCUAGAAAAUAAAGUUAUUGCUUUUUUGUUAAGAAAUAUUUAUUACUUAUUCGAAAUAAAAUGAUCGAAACUUU